AUGACUGCCAAUGGAUCCCAAGGCCCGGUGGUGGUCGGCAUUUGUGUUGCCUUUGCCGUUAUCACAUUCUGUGUCUUGUGUCUUCGUAUCUUUGCCCGUGUAUAUGUCCUGGGCAAAAUGGGCCUCGAUGACUACCUCAUUAUCGGAGCUUGUCUAUUGGCUUGGGCAUUCAUCGCUGUCACCAUUGUUGCCGUUCAAAAUGGACUUGGAACACACUAUGUCGAUACGGACAAGACAAAGCUCAUUAACUAUGCUUUUGCUGUCUGGUUGAGUUCAAUGUUCUACCUUGCAUGUCUCGGUUUCGUCAAGACAUCUGUCUUAUGGUUCUAUACUCGUCUCGGAGAUCGUUACCUGACCCGCCUCUCCUGGAUCAUGAUGGGAGUCAUUGGAGCACAAGCCACUUCAUUUGUGCUCGUGGCUGCAUUCCAAUGUCGACCUGUCAGCAAGGCCUGGGCAAGCACCAAGCCAGGAACAUGUGUCGAUAUCAACGUGUUCUAUCUUUGCAACGCAGCGCUGAACAUUUUAACUGAUGUUCUUACCUAUACUUUGCCUAUCAAAGUUAUUUUCAAGCUUCAGAUGCCCAAGAAGCAAAAGAUUGUCCUCGGUAUCAUUCUCUGUCUCGGUCUUUUUGCAUGCGUCUCCUCCAUCAUUCGAAUCACAUAUAUUCCCGCCAUGCUCACAUCCACUGACUUCACUUACGCCAUCAGCGGCGCCAUGUAUUGGUCCGUCAUUGAGACCAAUGUCGGUAUUCUUGCCGCAUCAAUUCCCUCAUUCAAAGCAAUCGCCUCCCGUUUUCUGCCUCGCUUCAUUGGAGAAUACAGCAGUGGAAAGAAGUACGGCCCCUGGUCCGGGAACACCACUGCCAGACGGUAUGGCUCCGGCUUCACCAAAGUCACUGAUCCCAGGAAUAUCACCAUGGGCACCAUCGACAAAGACGAUACGAACAUGGGCACUGAAAUUGGGGCUGCUAGUAACUCUAGCGAGGAGAGAAUUAUUCCCGAUGGCAAGAUCUUCAGACAUACGGAGAUUGAGACAACCGUGGAAACAAACCAUGAGUUCAGAAGCUUCGGUUCUUCAUCGCUCGAGCAGGCUCGUCGGUAA